AUGAGGAAAUCGCGUACACUUCUCUGGCGCACUAAGACGCAAUCAAUGAGGUGCGAGAAACAAUGCGAUCAGAAUGAUCUGUCGACAAAUUUUCAAUAUGCAAAUAUCGGAAAUUAUUGGAACAUACCUUUGGAAAGUGUUGGAACAUACCUUUGGAAACAGGGUAUGCCUUUGUCUCUUUUGUUUUGUUUAAUCGCAUCAGCAAAUGCCUAUUGGCCGCAGUUAACCGGCCAAAUGAAGGGUGAAUGGGCUUUGAUGAGACACAGUGUGAACGGAACUGGUCCCACUUUUCACUUCGAAGGUUCAUUUGCGAUGGUCGAACGAGCUUGGAGGCAACAGCGAAGUGUUCUGGACGUAGGUUUAAUUAGAGUAUCCUUCUCGGAGAUGGAUGGUCUUACAGAUCUAAACAAGCUCUAUCUGCCCGAUUUGGGAUCAGAGUUGUUCUCCUAG